GGCCGCCGCUCUCUCCACCUUCACUAGUUACUGCAGCAUCCUUCAGCUCGGGGACGUAUUUCAUGCGCUGUGCGCACCACCGUUCUGCUGCUCGCGUGCCACUCUCUGAGAACCGAUGAGCCUCUAGCACUCGACCAGGACUGCAAUCGUCCGCCGUCGCCGACAACCACUCGCUCCUUCCGACAAGCUUAACCAUCAACCUUCCGCAUCCUUGCUCCACAUUCCAGCGCAACCACCGCCAUGUCGAGCUUCGACGAAAAGGCCACUCCCUCGCCCGAGGUCGACCAAACCGACUCGCAGACGCACUCGAGCGAUCACUUCACCGAACGCGAAGCACCACAAGGAUGGAUGUACAGAUCGCGCAAGAUCGGGCCCGUCACAAUCCCACACUAUGCCUCGCCCAAGGCCCAGCUGCUUUUGGUAGCUUUCGUGUGUUUCCUGUGUCCCGGCAUGUUCAAUGCCGUCAACGGACUCGGAGGUGGAGGCCAGCUUAAUGCGCGUGCUAGCAACGACUCCAACACCGCCCUGUACUCCACGUUCGCCGUAGUCGGUUUCUUCGCCGGCACCGUCACCAACACCAUUGGCAUUCGCUGGUCAAUGGCUUUCGGUGGCAUCGGUUACUCCGUCUACAUCGCCGCCUACUUGUGCUACAACUUCACGGAAAACCUCGCAUUCAUCACUUUCGCUGGCGCACUGCUCGGUGUAUGUGCGGGAAUCCUCUGGUCAGCACAAGGCGCAAUUAUGAUGUCUUACCCACUCGAAGCUGAGAAGGGUCGGUUCAUCUCGUGGUUCUGGAUGAUCUUUAAUAUGGGCGGUGUGAUCGGCAGUCUGGUUCCACUGGGACAGAAUAUCAACGACAACCACAAUGGAACAGUAUCCAACGGCACGUACAUUGGCUUUCUGGUGCUGACCUUCAUGGGCGGGAUGCUUGCGUGGGUUCUGGUGGACGCCAAGAAGGUCGUUCGCAGUGAUGGAUCCAGAGUCAUUUUGAUGAAGCACCCAACAUGGAAGUCCGAGUUGAUUGGUCUGUGGGAGACUCUGAUCAGUGACCCCUGGGUCUUGCUGCUCUUCCCCAUGUUCUUCGCCUCCAACUGGUUCUACACCUACCACUUCAACGGCGUCAACCUGGCUCGCUUCACCGUCCGCACCCGUGCGCUCAACAAUACCCUCUACUGGCUCAUGCAGAUCGUGGGAGCCUGGGUGUUUGGCAAUGCGCUCGACUUCAACAAGGUGCGACGUACCACUCGUGCCAAGGCUUGCUGGAUCUCUCUCUUUGUGCUCACCAUGGCCAUUUGGGGUGGCGGCUACGUCUUCCAAACUGGCUACACACGCGCAUCGGUCAAGGAGAACCCAGAACAGAUCAUUGACUGGGUCGAGGGCCGUUACAUCGGACCAAUGUUCCUGUACAUGGUCUACGGCUUCUACGAUGCUGCUUGGCAGACUGCUGUUUACUGGUUCAUGGGCGCCAUCACCAACAACGGCCGCAAGCUUGCCAACUACGCCGGAUUCUACAAGGGCAUCCAGUCAGCUGGUGGCGCAAUCAUGUGGCGCCUCGAUGGACUUGGCGUUCCAUACAUGAACAUGUUCGCCUCCUGCUGGGGCCUGUUGGCUGGCAGCCUGAUCAUUGCGCUGCCCGUCAUGAUUGCAAAGAUUCGCGACACCGUUCCCGUCGAGGAAGAUUUGCAAUUCACGGACGAGACACUCGAUGACGUGCAGGGCGCCAGACCCGUUGGCACGACGUCGACCGACAUUGCGUCGAAGGCAUAAUGUACAACGUGGCACCAUCUCAUCUCUCAGGCAGGGAUAGAUUUGUGGACCGACUUUCUUUCAUCGAAAUCUGCAUGAAUGGGUGUACGAAGAUUCGCAUUACUGCUGUGCACAAGCUGCUGCACGCUCGUGUUGAAACGAAGGGAUAAUGAAAUUAUCAGGGAGUCAUCGGGGAUUCGAGCAAGGCGUUGAGGUUUCGGUCACCAGACACUGCUAGUCGCAGUAGUCUGGCAGUAUUGCAUGACGACAGGUCAACGCGGUUUUAGUGAAGAGAGAGAAUGAGUCCAACGAUUGCGAGCGUCCAAUGGCAGCUUCCCGAUUCAGCAGUGAUUAGUAUUGUAAUUGUGAAUGAGGUUAGCCGACCGAACAGCGUGAAGAUAGUGCUUCUGCUAGUCUGUGUAUAUGCCCAGCAGCACCCAAG